AUGGAUCAAGAUCCAUCUGCUCUCAAUAUCGAUGAGAUGGCCGUGGCGGAGACUCCGAUACUGGAAGAAAUCAUCAAUGUCGCAAGGACUCUGAAGAAGCAUGACCGGCCGAUCAAGAUCUACAUCGGCGAAGACAGCAGACUAAGGCCAUUUUCAGUACAGGAGAGCAUCCUUGCCGGCGUAUCAACAUACUUUGCGUCCGACGCAUGGCGGGAACGGACCUUCAAAGAAGCUAUCAACGGAGAACUCGAACCCAAGGAAGAUGAUUCAGACGUAUGGCAUCUCUUCCUGCACUGGCUGAUCAAGCACCAAGUCGACUUCAUCGAGUUGGCAAAUACAUACGGACCAACUCUACUAGUACGGAGCGUGUGCUUCGCCGAGAAAUACGGGAUCCUCGAAUUCCAAAACGACGCACUCAUCGCGCUCGUCGAGGCCGAAUGUGAUUAUUCGCCAGAAUUAAUGGGGGAGGCUUUCGAAGGCACGACAGAGGGCCAUCCGCUUCGUACACUGGUCGCCGAGCGGGCAGUGUACAACGUUGCUGCGCGGAAACUCGCUGUUGAGGAUCUGGCGGGUUUGGAUGGGCUGGGAUUUUUCCCGCUAUACCUUGAUUUCCGGGAGAAGCUGAUUCCUAUCAAGUAUAAGGAGAGCCGCAAGUUUGAACCGUAUCCGCACAAGGCGGAGAUUUUGCAUCGGGUAGUGCGAGGCUCGAGACUGCAGUCUUUACUGUUGCAUGCACCACUGUCGGGCGACCAGCUCGGCACGGAUGCGACGUGA